AUCUUAUAUCUAUCUAUCUAUCUAUAUAUCUAUACAUCUCAUAUAUAUCUAUCUAUAUCUGUAUCUCCAAUAUAUUCAAAAACCACCUCUCGCCGGGUUUCGAGUGGUGCGAAGAGACUGAGCUCCAGUUUUGACCUGAUUUUUUUUUUUUUUAUAAUUCUUUUUAAUAAAAAAUUCAAAAAAUAAAUAAAUAAUAAAAAAGUGAGAGAAAUCGACGAUAUGGCGAAUACGGAUGCUGAGCUGGAACAACAGCUUAAAGAAGCAGGAAAACAAUUAUCUCGUCAUUCAGAUUCCGUUGCUGCACUCCUUUCUCUUCUUGAUCAAAUAGAGAAACUGCUAUCGAAAGUUGACCAAUCACCGAAAAAGUCAAUGCUUGAUGCACUCAAACCAUCAAUGAAGGCGUUGAUUCAAGAAAGUCUUUUGAAGCAUUCGGAUGUGGAUGUGAAGGUUGCAGUUGCUGCAUGCGUCAGCGAAAUUACGAGGAUAACGGCUCCUGAUGCGCCUUAUGAUGAUGACCAAAUGAGGGAUAUCUUUCAGUUAAUUGUUUCUUCUUUUGAGGAUAUAGCUGACCAGGCUAGCCGGUCUUACAUCAAGAGAGCGUCAAUUCUUGAAACGGUUUCUAAAGUUAGAUCGUGUGUCAUCAUGCUUGAUCUUGAAUGUGAUGCUUUGAUUGUGGAGAUGUUUGAACAUUUUCUACGAUCAGUAAGGGACUAUCAUCAUGAGUCCAUAUAUCCGUCAAUGGAAAGUAUAAUGGUGUUGGUUUUGGAAGAAAGUGAAGAGAUUCCAGUUGAGAUGCUUAAGCCGCUACUUGCUAGCGUUAAGAAAGAUAGCGAGGGAGUUCUGCCCGUGGCUAGAAAGUUGGCAGAAGGAGUUCUUUUGAAGUCUGCAGAUAAACUAAAGCCAUAUCUGAUGCCUGCUAUAGUAUCUCUGGGUGAUACUUUAGAUAAGUACACCGAAGUUGUGGCUUCAAUAUGUGAAGGGAAAACUGCUACAGUUGAACAGAAUGAUGAAAUUGCUUCCGAGGUACAACCGGCCAAUGAGAGAAAAUUGGAGAAGGAGUCUGUGGAUGAGGCACCGCAGGCUGAUGAAAGCAAGUUAACCACAGCUUCAUCAGAACAUACGAAACAGGUGGUUAAAGGAGAUUCUGCUGAAGAGGUAGAUCCUACUAUUGACAGAUCUCCGAAGUCAGUAAUGAGUAAUGGAGUAAAUGUGUUGGGUAAUGAAGAAGCUUCAGUUGACCAAGAACCUCCAAAGAAGCCAGAGGACGAGGACACAAAUCAGCAAAGCCUUAAUAAGGAAGACACUGAUGAUUCAGGUGCUGACAAAGAAUUGAAGCCAGAAGAACAGACCUCGGAAAAUGGCGGAAAGAAAUCAGAUGCAGUAAUAAAUUCGGCUGAGCCUUCUGAUUCUUCUCAUGUUGAAGGUGACAAAGAAGCAGACAAGCCAUCAUCAGAAAUUGAAAAGGAUAAUGAUGUUAAAGAGUCUGAAAGUGGAGCAGUUAUUCCGUCAGAAAUUGAAAAAGAUAAUGAUGUUCAGGUUUCUUCACCAAAACCGGUGGAAAGUAAGCCAGCAAGUGUUACUUCCCCGUCCCAAAGCAACAGCCUUCCAGAUGAGAGUCGUGCCAAAAAGGCUGCUCAAUCUAAAAAUAAGCAGGUUCCUCAAGAAGAUGAAAUUGUUUCUCAAUCUAAAAGCGAGACCCCUCCUGAUGAAACCCGUUCGAAGAAAGGUGGCCAGCCCAAAAAGGAUGACACUCAAGAGGAUGCAUCUGAAGAAACAGGUGAUUUGGAUAUAAAGCCACAAAAACGAAUUGGAAAGAAGGCAGUUGCUUCAAAGGAGGUUGAACCACCACCAAAAGAUGAGUCGGAAGAUGAUGAAGCUGCUAGUGACUCGGAUGCAGAGCCCCAAAAACGAACAGAAAAAAAAGCCUUUGAUGCAGAGGAGGAGGUUAAAGCUCCUCCAAAAGCUGGCUCAGAAGAUGAUGACGUUGUGAGUGACUCGGAUGCAGAGCCACAGAAACGAGCAGGAAAGAAGGCAGUUGCUACGAAGGAAGUUAAAACCCAACCAAAAGAUGAGUCGGAAGAUGACGCCCCACCAAAAGAUGAGUCGGAAGAUGAUAAAGCCACUAGUGAAUCGGAUGCAGAGCCACAAAAACAAGCAGGAAAGAAGGCAGUUGCUGCAAAGGAAGUUAAAUUACCAUCAAAAGGCGAGUUGGAAGAUGAUGAAGCCACUAGUGAAUCGGAUGCAGAACCACAAAUACCAAUAGGAAAGAAGGCAGCUGUGGCAAAGGGUGUUAAACUCCCACCAAAAGAUGAUACGGAAGAUGAUGAAGCCACUAGUGAAUCGGAUGCAAAGCCACAAAAACGAACAAAGAAGGUAGCUGCUGCAAAGGAUGUUAAACACCCACCAAAGGAUGAGUCAGCAGACGAUGAAGCUACUAGUGAAUCUGAUGCACCUCCUCCCAGAAAGACGGUUUCAAAGUCAACGAAACAACCGGAUAAGAAGUCGAAGCUUUCUGGGAAGAAAUCAGAUGUGGUGGAAUUAAAUGCAAAGAAGCAAAAGCAGACCGGUAAGAAAGUGACCGCGAAAGUUGAAGAUAGCGAUUCGGAGGCUAAGCCUCCAAAAUCGUCUGUCAAGAAGGGACAGAAAAGGAAAGCUGCCGUUGAGGAAGAGGAGGAAAGUGAUUCUGAAAAUAAACCACUUCAGCUGGCUGCAAAAAAAGGUAAAUCAAAAAAGCAAGAUGAUGGAAGAAAACGUGGAAGUGGUAAGAAUGCUACAGAGAAUGAUCAAGCAAAAGCUAUGUCCAGCGAUGAUGAGAUGGAUUAUUCACCAAAGUCUGCAGCGAAAUCAGCUAAAGGUGAGGGAAGCUCAAAAGAGAUAUCAACAAAUAGUGCAAAACGGAAGCGUUCUGCAGUCAAAGAAAAAGUAUCUGAUACUAUAAAAUACGAUAAAAGUCUGGUUGGUUCGAAGGUCAAAGUUUGGUGGCCUGAAGAUAAAACGUAUUAUGAAGGUUUCAUUGAGUCAUUUGAUGCUGCGAGAAAGAAGCAUAAGGUUCACUAUGUGGACGGUGAGAAAGAGACUUUGAAUUUAAGAACAGAAAAAUGGGAGUUUUUGAACGAAUAUUCUGUGCGUGAUGAGGAGCAAAACAUUGAAGCUGAAAGUGAAGAAGCUUCCCCGGAAAUACAGAAGAAGAAAUCAAAAACAGAUGCUGCACCCUCUGCUUCACAAGAUAAGAUCAAAGAUUCAACCAAGAGAACUGGUGGGGUCCCUUCAUCUGGCAAGGCAAAAGUUCCGGCUUCAAAAGAUAACAAAUCCAAGGACAAAUCGGCUGCAAAAUCAGCUUCCCAAAAAUCUGGUGGCAAGUCUAGUGAUGCAGCGACCUCCUCUAAAUCGAAGAAGGACGAAGAGACACCAAAAGCCGGUACCAAGACCAAGCAAGAUACUCCAAAGACGGUGAGUAAGUCAAAGGGGAAAACCCCUCAAACUGGCAGCAAAUCCAAUGCCAAUGGCCCCACUAAGGCAAAAUCAAAUGUGAAAGAACAUGAGGAUGUGAAAGCUCCCGAUAGCACAAAAGGAAAAUCAACAGUCACCACAAAGAGCGGAUCAAAGAAACGAAAGCAUAAGAGCUAGAUGGUUAGAGAGCAUUGUUGUCGUUUGCUGGGGUUGUCAGAUAUAAGCAGUUGACGGUAGUGUUUAGGGUGAAAAUUAGAGAUUUUCGCCGUAUUGUUUGGUAGAAGUCUUGUUGGCCGUUUGUAGGGUAAGAUACUGUUAUGAUUGUUGUUAUUAGUUGGUUAGGUUUUGUUAUAAAGGAGUUAGAUAAUGUGGUAGAUUUUACUGGUGAUAAUUGGCAUCAGUGCAUGGUGACCUUGUUCUACUCUUUAUUUUAGAACCUUGCUAGUGGUGAUUGCGUUUUUGAUUUGCAAA